UACAGUUUUCUUCACGGCAAAUAAUGCCAUUGACGAUAUGGAUAUUCUAUGCACUAACACUGAAACCGAGACGGACCCAUGGUGGAGGCUGGAUAUGCUGAAUCUACAAAUCAUUCAACAAGUGGUCAUCACUAACAGGAUCGACUGCUGCUUCGAUCAAAUCAACGGAGCUGAGAUUCGCAUCGGAAACUCCCUGGAGAACAACGGCAACAACAAUACCAGGUGUGCAGUAAUUUCUGAUAUCCCUGCUGGUGGAUCCGCCUCUUACCAGUGCGGGGAAUGCAGGGCCGUUACUUGAACGUGGUCAUGCCUGGAGAUUCUAAACAGCUCACUCUGUGUGAAGUGAGAAUCUAUGGAAC